AUGGCGGCCUCCGUCGACGUGCUCCUGCUCGGCUCAGGCUGGACCGGCUCCUUCCUCAUCCCGCUCCUAAGCGAUCAGAAUUUGAGCUACGCCUACACCUCCAGAUCUCCGCCGGACGAAAAGAUGCCCAACGAUCCUCAUAGGAUCCAGUUUGAGCUCACGGAUCCCGUCACCAAGCAGUCGCUCCGUCCCCUGCCAAGCGCACGCACCGUCGUCAUCAUCUUCCCCAUCAAGACGCUGGCGCAAGUCGACGACCUCGUGCGAGAGUACGAAGCCAUCCAUGGCAGUACGCGCUGGAUCCAGCUCGGUAGCACCGGAAUAUGGGGCUCUGGAACACACAACUCUUCGUCGCCCUUCGACACGCAGAAUGCACGCGCCGCUGCAGAACAGCGGCUGCUCGACGUCACCGCAAAGGCACGUCAUCCACGUGCCGCGGUGCUCAAUCUCGCCGGUCUGUACGGCGGUCUGCGCCAGCCAAAGAACUUUGCGUCCAGAGUAGGCGCCACCAAGGACCUGCUUGGUCUGAAGGGAUCCGUGCAUUUCGUCCAUGGCCUCGACGUCGCCCGCGCCAUCCUUCUCCUCCAUCAAAGCGCCCGCUCCGGCUGGGGUCGUCGAUGGAUCCUCUCCGACACUCGUGUCUACGACUGGUGGCAGCUCUUCAGCUACCUCCGCCCCAACAUCCCGGACCAUCCAGACGACAGCCCAGAGACUGCUCAGCGCUGGGUUCGCGAGCUGCAACACGAGAACCACAUCCGCACCUUGCCUCGUCCCAUUGCCUCGGAGCCGGACCAAAAGCUUCCCCACUAUCUCGAGCGCGCCCUCGACGGCCACGAAUUCUGGCACCUCUUCAACGAAUCGCCCCAAGUCGACUCGGUCUACCACGGUGGCGAACACGGCCUGCGACUCGAAGGCAGCCCUGGGCGUGAUGAGAAGCACCGGAUGUCGCAGGACGAUUCCGGGACUCACAGCGUCGGCUCAAGCACCAAGUCGUUCGUCGUUCGCCCCUUCGAUCCCACGAUCCCGGAGGACAAGCUGCGGGACCUGAUUGAACGUAUCGAGGUUGAUGCGAAGCGUCCUCUUCCAACAAAGGCCAGCUUCGAGGGUAGCUACGAAAGCCUCGGACUCACUCAUGAACGCUUCUGCAAACUGCGCGACGCUUGGAUUCCCUUCCUCCGCUCGGAGCCCACCACCAACUCUGACGCCAGCGAAUCCGACGACUCGACCAGCAUCAGCCGACGAGCAGGGCCAGACCACGACACAUGGGCAGCCGAGCAGGCACGCCUCUCCUCCUUUUCGCACUACAAGGUGCUCAUCGAGGAUGUCGACCUGCACUUCAUCCACGAACGCGCAAAUCCUCCAGCAUCCGGUACCAACAUCAAGGUGAUCCCGCUCUUGCUGCUUCAUGGCUGGCCAGGAUCGGUCCAUGAGUUUCUCGACCUCAUCAAGCCGCUCGCUCACCCGGGAAACCUCACUCCCGUCCAUUUCGACGUUGUUGUCCCCUCCCAUCCCGGCUACAUCUUCUCGAGUUCCGCCGCAGGUUUGGCAAGGGACCCACGCACAGGUCAUGUCGUUGGCAUGCACUCGGGACCGGGUGGCGAUCUGCUCGUCAAGGACGUCGCACGCAUCAUGCACAAUCUCAUGCAGCGCCUUGGCUACCGCAAUUACGCCGUCCAGGCGGGCGACUGGGGCUCCGGAGUGCUCCGAAGCAUGGCCCUGCAGUUUCCCAACCACGUUCGCGCGGUCCACCUCAACUUCUGUCCGUCGCUGGCGCCUUCGCUCGUCUUGCCCAUCGUUGGGCGUCAGGGAACGCCUAGUUGGGUCUUGCGUCUGCCUCAGCUCAUCUCCAAGCAGCGCUAUUCGCAAAGAGCACUAGGUCUGUUUGCCGGCUGGAGCCAGGGCGCACGCUCGAGUGAUCUGUGCGGAGCCGGGGGCUUGGUUGGCAAGGCAGCCGAAUUUCUAGCCGAAUCCGCAUGGAGAGGACUUGCGCUGAUCAGUCUUGGCUCCUUGCCCUCGCCGCUGUCGCAAGAGGAGCGCGAGGGGCUGGAAAGAGGCAUGGAGUUCGCUGCCACGGGAAGUGCCUAUGCGGCCAUGCACGGCACGCGGCCCUCGACAUUAGGCUUGGCACUCAGUCGAUCGCCUCUAGCUACGCUCGCAUGGAUCGGAGAAAAGAUGUACGCCUGGACCGAUGCGGACCCGGACCCCUCGACGAUCCUGGCCAACCUUACGCUAUACGAGACAACCGAAACGAUCGCAGGCUCGUUCUAUUCGUAUCGCAAUCGCGAUGCCGGAGGGAUUGCAGCCAUCGUCAGCGAUCCGCACAACUACAUCGCCCAGCCCACUGGGUACUCGAGCUUCCCGCUCGAGAUCAUUCAGGUGCCCGAGUCGUUUGUCAAGGCCAGCGUCAACCUGCGCUGGUUCCGAAAACACUUGGAGGGCGGACACUUUGCGGCUCUCGAGCAACCCGCAGCACUCGUCGAGGAUAUCACGGAUUGCUUUGCCGAAAUCUGGCCGCUCUGA